UGAGGUAUGAGGUGUCAUUUUCCACUAUUUUUUUUUAAGCUAUAAAAUGUUUCAUCUUUAAUUUUUAAAAAAUAUAGAUAUUACAUUUUCAACUUUAUAUUAAAUGUUUAGAAUGAUGAUUUCGCAAAAUAUAGUAAAAAUACAUUGAAUAUUAAGUCUUUUCUGUACAUCAAUAUUAUUCAUAUAAAAUAAAAGUAAGGUUAUUUCGUAUGUAACAAUUAAACAUUAUUAUUUUGAAUGUUAUUAAUGUGAAUUUGAAUUAAUAUAUAUAUUUUUUUUAUAAUCGUGUAUUUUAAUAAACGAUAAUUUCAAUUAAUUUUUAAAAUAUGACUCGAUAUGCAAGAGCUAAAGGUUCAAAAGCUUCAAAUGAAAAAAUACCCAAUGAAGCUACUCCAUGGCAUGUAAUGAAACAGCAAUUAAUUGAAAAUUUAUCUAAAAAGCAAGAAUUUUCUGAAAAAACAAAAUCUGUUAAAGAAUUAUUAGAACAUAAGCAAAAUAAAUUUACAACUAAUGAUAUUGAAAGUAUUAAUGAUUCCUGGGCAGAAUUUCCAGACAACUCUGAAAGACAAAAAGAUUUGAUGACAAAUAAGAUAAAAAAAAACCAAAAGAUACAAUUAAAUGAAGCAAAAAUAGAAAAUGAUACAAAAAUUAAUAAACCAAAUAUAUCACUUGAUAAAUUAAGUAAAAAGAGAAAAAAAAAUGUACAAGAUAUUUCGGAAAUUAAAAAAAAUAAAAAUGAUAUAAUAACAAAUGAAUCACAAAAUGAGAAAAUUAUACCUUUUAAACGUCAAAAAUAUAAUAAAGAAAAAAAUUUGAAUGAAAAUCUAUUUAAUAUUGCAGAAAAUAAUAAUAGUAAUUUUGCAUUAAAAAAUACAAAUAAUAACAAGGACAUAAAUGUAAAAAUUAAUCAAACAAUAAGAUUUAAUAAAAAUUCUGUCACUAAAUCACGAAAGUAUAAGGAUAUUCCAAAUAAAUUUGGUAUGAAAAAAUUUGAUAAUCAAAGAAAGAAAAAAAAACCACCAAAAAUUCGAGAUGAUAAAGAACACAAAAGAAGAAAACCAGAUUUAGGAUCCUCAAAAAUAACCAUCAAUGGUAUAGAAAUAGAAAUUGUAAAAUUUAAUGGAUUUCCCGUAAAAAAAGAAGAUGCAGAUAGAUUAAAUGAUUUAAAAGAGAAAAUGAUUAUGAAAGGCAUUCCACAAAAAGAAAUAGAUGCAGCAAUGAAAUUAGAAAGGAGAAAAGCUGAAAAAGCAUUAGCUAGAAUUAAAAAAUGUGUUUGUUUCCAUUGUCGUAAAGCUGGACAUAAUUUAUCUGAUUGCCCUGAGCUUGGAUCAGAACAAGCAGGAACUGGAAUCUGUUAUAAAUGUGGAUCAACAGAACAUACACAUUUUGAAUGUAAAGUAACUAAGCCAACAGAAUAUAGAUAUGCAACUUGUUUUAUUUGUCGUGAACAAGGACAUAUUGCUAAACAAUGUCCUGAUAAUCCUAAAGGAAUAUAUCCUCAGGGAGGUGCUUGUAAAAUUUGUGGAGAUGUUACACAUUUAAAAAAAGAUUGUCCAGAUUUAAUUAAAGAAAAGGAAGAAAAUACAAUUACAGUAAAUACAAUUACAAAUGAUAAUGUAGAAUCAUUAGAACAAAAAAAUAUUAUAGAUAAAAAAGAUGAUAAAAAAAUUAAAAAAAUAGUAAAAUUUUAAUCAAUUAUUUCGAUAUAAAUAAAUACAUGUAUUUUUAUAUAAGAAUAAAUUUUUUAUGUGUAA